GACACCUUGCGAGCUGCUUUUCCUCUCUGCACCGUUUUCUUUUUCUCACCUAUUAUAUACUACACUUUUUGAGGUAAAUACACAUCGCCCGUGCGUGUUGGUGGCCGUGCAGACAUUACACCGCCUAUUGGUGUGCCGUGAUUUUUGCUGUGUCGUCUGUAAUCGCGCGUCUAUUCUGCAAUUGCGAGUGUGGCACCACCAGAUUCGACAGCCCCUCCUCCUCGCUCUGGCGGGCACUUGCGUAUGCGCAUCCUCUGCAUGCAUAGUGUCUAGCAGGUUCCAGCGCGCCUUUGUGGGCUCCCUUUGUCCAUGGACUAUUGCUCCUCUGUGCGGCUUUGCUUUUAGACCACCGGCUUCUGGAGCCUUUUCAUUUCUCGGCUCUCCUCUGUUUAUCCGCACACUGUACUUAUUUACCAUCCAGCUGCUUUUGCCAUUUCUACGUAGGAACCUCUAUUAUUUGAAACCAUGGUCAAGCUUCAGUCGUCCGAUAACGAGGAGUUUGAGGUUGGAAAGAAUGUUGCCGUCCAGAGCGUGCUGAUUAAGAACCUGCUCGAGGACCUGGGCGAGAGCGAGGAGGCCAUCCCGCUGCCCAACGUCACCGGCAAGGUGCUCAAGAAGGUCAUCGAGUACUGCGAGCACCACAAGGACGACCCCCCUCCCCUCCGGGACGACUAUGACGAUGUGCCGAAGCGGUCGGACGACAUUGAGCCCUGGGACGAAAAGUUCAUCAAGGUUGACCAGGAGCUGCUGUUUGAGAUCCUGCUGGCCUCGAACUACAUGGACAUCAAGCCGCUGCUCGACCUCGGCUGCAAAACUGUUGCCAACAUGAUCCGCGGCAAGACCCCCGAUGAGAUCCGCAAGGCGUUCAACAUUGUCGACGACUUCACUCCCGAGGAGAAGGAGCAGAUUAGGAAGGAGAACGAGUGGGCCGAGGACCGCUAA